GCGUCCUUUUUUCAUGACCUGGUCAGAUGUCCCAAUAUCCGUCGACGAGAUCGUUGACGGGAAAAUAUACAUCGGAAACCUAUCAGCUGCCCUUUCUCUGGAGUGGCGCUCAAAGUUAGGCAUAUCUCAUGUCCUUUCAGUCUGUCCAGAAUAUUCUUCAACGGGUCCUAAACACUUGACAAUAUGCGUUCAAGACUCAGAGUACGAAGAUCUUCUCAUCCACUUACCUCAGGCAUGUCAGUUUAUUCAGUCUGCGUUGGAUGAAGGUGGUAAAAUACUCGUGCACUGUGUCAUGGGCGUGUCCAGAAGUACCACCGUUGUAUGUGCUUACUUAAUGGCUACCCGUCGAUGUUGCGCUCCUGCAGCUAUACAAUUUAUUCGAAAACAUCGCGCUCAGGUGCACCCUAACUAUGGAUUCUUGAAGCAGCUGCAAUGCUUUGCUGAUUGUCGCUAUAAACCUUCUUGCACUCACCCCGAAUAUAUAUCUUGGAAACGCCGCCAGAAACGCGAGGUUACGAGAUACCUCAACAUGAUCAGUGACACCAUACCUGUAAUCCAAGAUCAACUAUACUUCAACACCGAGCUCCCCAGCGACCCGAUUGCCGCAGACUCGUUGCUAUUAGAUAUGGGCAUGACUCACAUUCUUUCCUUGUCUUCUGCACAGUUUGCGAUGCCCGAGCUUCCGUCCACAUUCACACACCAACAUAUCGACAUCCCGAAUCAGGCGCGCGAGGCAUUAUUAUUAGAAAUGCCGGCAGCAUGCAAGUUUAUUGGUGAUGCAAUCGCGAGUGGAGGCCAAGUCCUUGUGCAUUGUCGAGUCGAACUUCGAGCUUGCAUCGUCGUUUGCGCAUACCUAAUGUCUACGCGGAAAAUACCCCCACGUCAGGCCUUCAGAGUUCUAGAAUCCGUACUCCCCCUAUUCAUACCCACAUCCAACUUUUAUCGCCAUCUCGAGCUUUUUGCAGCAUGUAAUUAUAAUCCAACACUUAACCAUCCCCUCGUCCAGGCUUGGAUAGUUGAACUUACAUUCGGCCAUGUAUCACCUGGAACGACGAAUGCAAAGGCGACGUCUUCAAGCUCGAGCGCGGUACGCAAUUGUACUGUUCCUACUGCACCGUACGACAUGGCUACGGUCAAUGAGGCGCUGGCUCGCAUUCAGACAACGAGUUUUGUGAAGGUUUAGAUUGUAAUAGUGGUUGUUUUUCGAUAUAUAUGACACGAAGUGCCUGCAGCGCGUGUAAAUUUGCUGAUUUUUCUCUUUGUUUUUAUCAUAUGUAUUGUUCUCUCCGUUCUCUACAUGUAUUGUCUUGAUAAAAUCUUUUAUCGUACCCAUUGCUUUGAGC